UGUUUCGGCUGAGAUCGGAUCAUGUGACCUCAGCAGGCGCUUUGCUGCAGCUGACUCCUCACAGAAUCGUGACUCUAAAAUGCAUUGGGGUUUUUUUUAGAAGUCCGUGUUUAAAAUGCACAAUUACACCGGCGUUGUGGUAACCACUGUUUUACACAGCUGUUCGAUUUUAGUUAAUUCAGACUGGACCAUUAGGCCAUUGUCGAAUUGUAAGAUACAUUUUGUGGAAUACAGGGCACGUGACAGCUAUGUCGUGACGUCUGGUGUCUUUACUCCGCAGUGUUUGUAAUUAGCACGGUGAUGCCAUCUCUACACGGCGCACCUGCUCCGACCCCCUUACCUUCACAGCACGAUGUAGAAUGCAGAGCAUUUUGAAGUCUAGCUGGAUCAUUUAUUGAAUUUGACUGCGUUUUCUGCUGCGUCUGUAGCGUUUAGCGUAGGUGGGCACUGCGUGGAUCCAUGAUCCAUCAGCCUAUCGCUAGACGCUUCCAUGCUUACGGCACCGGUGUAGGUUUGGUUUGUAAAGUGAUUGUCUCCCUCAGCAUGGAUUUCUCCAAGCUUCCCAAGAUCCGUGAUGAGGAGAAAGAGAGCGAGUUUGGAUACGUGCACGGCGUCUCUGGACCCGUGGUGACUGCGUCCAGUAUGGCGGGGGCUGCCAUGUACGAGUUGGUGCGUGUCGGCCACAGUGAGCUGGUAGGAGAGAUCAUCCGACUGGAGGGAGACAUGGCAACCAUCCAGGUCUACGAGGAAACCUCUGGCGUGUCUGUGGGAGACCCAGUGUUGCGUACGGGUAAGCCCCUCUCCGUGGAACUGGGCCCUGGCUGCAUGGGCUCCAUCUUUGACGGUAUCCAGCGUCCCCUUAAGGACAUCAACACAAUGACACAGAGCAUCUACAUCCCCCGAGGAGUCAACAUCGGGGCCCUGAGCAGGGACAACAAGUGGGAGUUCAACCCCUCAAAGAACCUCAGAGUGGGCAGCCAUAUUACAGGGGGUGAUAUCUACGGCAUGGUGUUUGAGAACUCUCUCAUCAAGCACAAACUGAUGCUGCCCCCCCGCAACCGGGGAACCGUCACCUACGUGGCCCCCCCUGGGAACUACGACGUCUCGGACGUGGUGUUGGAGUUGGAGUUUGAGGGCGUGAAGGAGAAGUUUACGAUGAUCCAGGUGUGGCCCGUCCGUCAGGUGCGACCCGUCACAGAGAAGCUGCCGGCCAACCACCCGCUACUCACUGGCCAGAGAGUCCUCGACGCACUGUUCCCGUGUGUGCAGGGCGGGACCACUGCCAUCCCUGGAGCGUUCGGUUGCGGCAAGACCGUCAUCUCGCAGUCCCUUUCCAAAUUCUCCAACAGUGACGUCAUCAUCUACGUGGGCUGCGGCGAGCGUGGAAACGAGAUGUCUGAAGUACUCCGAGACUUCCCCGAGCUGACCAUGGAGGUGGACGGGAAGGUGGAGAGCAUCAUGAAGAGAACGGCCCUGGUGGCCAACACCUCCAACAUGCCUGUAGCUGCUAGAGAGGCCUCCAUUUACACAGGUAUCACCCUGUCUGAGUACUUUAGGGAUAUGGGCUACAACGUGAGUAUGAUGGCUGACUCCACCUCUCGAUGGGCCGAAGCUCUCAGAGAAAUCUCAGGACGACUCGCCGAGAUGCCCGCUGACAGUGGUUACCCCGCUUACCUGGGAGCGCGUCUGGCGUCGUUCUACGAACGUGCGGGCCGAGUGAAGUGUCUUGGCAACCCAGAGAGGGAGGGGAGCGUCAGCAUCGUGGGGGCUGUAUCGCCCCCUGGUGGUGACUUCUCAGAUCCCGUCACCUCAGCAACCCUGGGUAUCGUACAGGUGUUCUGGGGUCUGGAUAAGAAGUUGGCCCAGCGUAAGCAUUUCCCCUCCGUCAACUGGCUCAUCAGCUACAGCAAGUACACACGCGCACUUGACGAGUAUUACGACAAACACUUCCCCGAGUUUGUGCCCCUCAGGACCAAAGCCAAGGAGAUCCUACAGGAGGAGGAGGACCUGGCUGAAAUCGUACAGCUGGUCGGCAAGGCUUCUCUUGCUGAAACGGAUAAGAUCACUCUGGAGGUGGCCAAGCUCAUCAAGGACGACUUCCUGCAGCAGAACGGAUACACCCCUUACGACAGGUUCUGUCCGUUCUACAAGACCGUGGGCAUCUUGUCCAACAUGAUUGCGUUCUACGACAUGGCGCGGCAUGCAGUGGAGACAACGGCCCAGAGCGACAACAAGAUCACCUGGGCCAUGAUUAGAGAACACAUGGGAGAGAUCCUCUACAGGAUCAGCUCUAUGAAGUUCAAGGACCCGGUGAAGGAGGGUGAGGCGAAGAUCAAGGCGGACUACGCUCAGCUGCACGAGGACAUGCAGAACUCCUUCCGCACACUCGAGGACUGAACGCCCAUCACCCAUGGAACUGAUCACCGAGCGAUCUGAUCACUGGUCACUGAUCCAUCUGAUCCGAUCUCCCAUCACCUACGAACAUCCCUCUCCUCUCCUCUCCUCUGCCCCUUUCAUCCUCUCCACCUCCCUCAGUCCCUGCCCCCGGCAGUGCAAUACCUCCUCCCUUCUCCGCCUCCUCCUCUUCUUUCUCUUCCUCCACCUGGUCCCUCUCUCUCUCUCUCUCUCUCUCACUGCACUGUGUCGUCGGUUGCAGUCAUACAUUCCACCGCUCUGUGUGUUUCUUCCUCAGUUGAAGUGAGUGUGGUCCCCCACUGUAAACCACCACAGGUGAUGCACCUCUCUGCUCUUCUGUCUUCUCAUGUGAGUGAGUGUGGUCAUCACUGUAAGUCACCUGUAUGCCACCACGCUCCUUACCACAGGUCAAACACCUCUCUUCUCUCCACAUGUUGUACAAUCCUUAUCUUCUCUUCUUUCUUCUCUUCUCUGCAUGGUCCAAUUACCUGAUCUAUCCCCCUCAAGUGUGUCCGAGGGCGCUGUUUGUGUUCCUGUGAAUGUGUGUGUGUGUGAUGUGAUUUUUUGUGUGAUUGUGACGUCGCCUCUACCCUGCCUCUAAACAAUGUCACCUGCACUGCCCCCCACCCCCUCCUUCCAUCAGUCACAUGACCGCCCCUUCCCAAGACCAGUUCCCCUAUCACAUGACUGUUUGUUUGUUUCCUUCAGCUCCCUCUGUGCCCUCGUCGUAGCCCCCUCCUCAUCCCAGUUGGUGUAAUUAUCGCUCAUCUCCUCUCCUCUGUACAGAAGAUUACGACUCUUAAAAUAAUAAUUACCAACAGAGUGAAUAUUUAUUGUGGGCCGUUUACAUGUAAGCCUGCAUUUUUUCUGUUUUGUUUUGAUGUUUAUUUUUGUUUGUUUUUCUUAUGAUUGUAAUCUCUGUUUACUGUCCAGUGUAUUUGUUGUUGUGAGUGGAAAUCUCUUCAACACUGUUGAUGUACCAGAUGUGUUUUCUCUUGUCGUCCCAAAGAAUAAAACAGGACAAUGAAAGGAA